GCGUAUCACACAAGUUUAAAUAACCAAGCACUUGCACUCUCGGAGAGAAAGAAAUCUUGCAUGGUCUGUGUAUAUUUUUGAAGAGAAUCAACCAGUUGUGAAAAAGACGAAAUUAUGGAAACCGUGAACACAAAUGAAACUCAGUUCUUGAAAACUCUCGAAAUUUAUCGAAAAAUUAAUAGUUUUAGCAAAUCAAUAAUCGAUAUAUCGUUGAUGAAAUCAAACAAACUUAAAGCAAUAUUUCUACAAGUUUUCUGUGCACUGUUUUACAUAUAUCUGAUUCUAAACCCUAUUCGUCACAUUGUUUCCUUAAUACAACUGAAAACGAUCGAAAACGAUAAAAUGUUUUUAUAUAUUUACAUAAUAUUUUUUCGUAUAUUCCUUUCUCUCUCUCCAUUUAUAAAACUGUUCAGAAAAUCUAGAGACAAGGAGCUAAUUGAAAAGUUUGCUAAACUUAAAACUGAGGAUGAAGAUGGAAUCUGGUACAACAACCCUAUAAUAUAUAAGUCAGUAUAUAUAUUAAUAUGUCUAAUUAUUAUUGGAAGUAUAACUCUGGAUUUCAUUAUACCGCUGUUGAGUUAUGAUUUGUUGAUCUUUUACGAAUAUCCUGUUCCAAAUACUUACACUUACAUCAUCCCAUUUUUAGUAAUGCAGAUUGUAUUUAAUUCUGUAUCAGCUUUAUCCAUAUUAACUGAUGUGUAUAUAUAUCUUCUAAUCGCAGUUACUCUUAUAUGUCAUUUUAACAAAGUGGCGAAUGAAGCACAGAUUUAUGUAACUGAAAAGCAAUCAGCUAAGUCGGAUAUUAUUACGAAUCAUGGAGAGAUUACAGACAUAUGUAACACCCAUGAUGCUCUGUGUUUAAUAGUGAGAUUAGUAAAUGAUUCCCUGCAGUUUAUUUCAGGAUUUCUCGUGUUCGGUAGUGUCAUCAGCUGCUGUAUUGCUACGUAUGGAAUAAUAAAUGAUUCUUUCAAAACUAACAUGUUUAUAAACAUUUAUGUAGCUGUGGUGGUUACAGGAUGUCUGUCAUCGUGGACUGCAAUGCUUUGGUGCGGAAUUCAAUUAAACAGAUCGCAUCCAGCAAUCUGAUGUUUUGGAUCAUGAUACUUUGGAAUGGUGUUCGUUUACAUGCUGCGGUUCACAGUAUUACACAAAGUAUUCAUUUUAUGCAAUUUCAGGACAUAAAACAGGAAGUUAUUGCAAAGAUAUUAGUUUUCCUAAAUCGACUAACGACUGAAUCUCAUGGAAUCGAUGUCGGUGGCUGUUUCGUAAUAACUCCCUCGUCAACACUUACGAUGCUAGGAAGUUUUAUUACUUACAUACUGGUUGUGAUCCAGACAAAAUCUUUAUAGCUGCCCUCUCUUCCUUAUUAUACAUUUCCAAUGAUAAAUUAUAUGCGAAGCUCGAUUUAACAACAUUACCUCGCCAGUACAUGAAUUCGGACCACGUCCCUACAAACCUUUCCGAAGCAAGAUUCUUGAAAAGAUUAAAAAAUAGCGUGAUACUGUAUCGAGUUCCAACCUCUCCUACCAGCGUUAGAUUGAUUAUGUAAUCUUUGUUAUCAGAAACACAUGCUGCUAUUGAUUUUCAACUAGUUUACUUACAACUGACCAUCACUUUUGUCGAAAAGAAUAUUUUUCACUUUGAUUUUUCUCAAUAUAUAUUGUAUUUUCCUUCCCACUCAUCUGGGCAACAUGUUUUUCGUUUCUCUCAUUUUCAUCAAUAUAUAAGACCGAUAAAUCACUGGAUGUAUAUUAUAAAUGUUCAAC